CACAACAUCCUCUUACUCUCUUGCCCAACUCCUCCAUUAACGCCUCUCUCUCUCUCUCUCUCUCUCUCUCUCUCUCUGCAACAAUGACGGACACCACCGACGAUAUUGCGGAGGAAAUCUCCUUCCAGAGCUUCGACGACGACUGCAGGUUACUCGGCAGCCUUCUCAACGACGUCUUGCAGCGGGAAGUCGGCAGCCAAUUCAUGGAGAAAGUUGAAAGGACUCGAAUCCUCUCCCAGAGUGCUUGUAAUAUGAGGAUGGCGGGGAUUGAGCAGACGGCGGAGCUGCUGGAGAAACAGCUCGCCUCUGAAAUCUCAAAGAUGACCUUGGAGGAAGCUUUGACGCUUGCCCGAACAUUCAGCCAUCAUCUCAAUUUGAUGGGUAUUGCCGAGAACCAUCACAGGUUACGCAAGGCACGUAAUGUUGCACAUUUAUCAAAAUCUUGUGAUGACAUUUUUAAUCAGCUGUUGCAAGGUGGAGUUCACCCUGAUGAGCUUUAUGAAACUGUUUGCAAACAGGAGGUUGAGAUUGUUCUUACUGCACAUCCCACUCAGAUUAAUCGGCGCACCUUACAGUACAAACAUAUUAGAAUUGCUCAUCUUUUAGAUUAUAAUGACCGGCCUGAUCUUGGCUAUGAAGAUCGAGACAUGGUGAUUGAGGAUCUGGUGAGAGAGAUGACGUCUAUAUGGCAGACGGAUGAGCUUAGGCGUCACAAACCUACACCAGUAGAUGAAGCUAGGGCUGGCUUAAACAUUGUGGAGCAGUCCCUUUGGAGAGCUGUACCUCAUUAUUUACGUCGUGUUAGCACUGCUUUAAAGAAGCACACUGGAAAGCCACUUCCAUUGACAUGUACUCCGAUUAAGUUUGGGUCUUGGAUGGGAGGUGAUAGAGAUGGAAAUCCAAACGUAACUGCGGAGGUUACAAGAGAUGUCUCUCUUUUGUCUCGGUGGAUGGCUAUUGAUCUCUAUAUUCGAGAAGUUGAUAGCCUAAGAUUUGAGCUUUCCAUGAACCAGUGCAGUGAUAAGUUGUUCAGGCUGGCACAUGAGAUUCUAGAAAAAGAAACAUCAUCUGAGGAUCGACAUGAAAAUUGGAGCCAACCACUGAACAGGAGUCAGUUGAAGCUUCACAGUCAACUAGCUCCGGCACUUCCAACGCAACUUCCUGCUGGAGCUGAUCUUCCUUCAUGUACAGAUUGCAGUGAAGGAGAAUCUCCAUAUCCAAAGCUAGAAUUACCUGGGACUGAUUACAUGCCUUUGAAUCGUCAGGAUGGUCACAGUUCUUCAAGUUCAAAUUCUUCAUUCGUGGAUUCCAGUCAAAAUGUGCGAAACACUUUUGCAAAUGGAAGUGUAGCUAAUUCCAGCAAUUUUCAGUCUGCUACAGCCCCAAGGGCUCCUGCAUUCAACUCUAGUCAACUUCUUGCUCAGAGGAAACUAUUUGCAGAAUCUAAGAUAGGAAGGUCCAGCUUCCAGAAGCUUCUGGAGCCAAGCCAGCCUCAACGUGCUGGAAUCGCUCCUUACAGAAUUUUUCUUGGGAAUGUAAAAGACAAGCUUAUGAAGACAAGAAGACGACUAGAGCUCCUUCUUGAGGAUCUUCCUUGUGAUCAUGAUCCUUGGGAUUAUUAUGAAACAUCGGAUGAGCUUCUGGAACCACUGCUUUUAUGCUAUGAAUCUCUGCAAUCAUGUGGAUCUGGAGUUCUAGCUGAUGGUCGGCUAGCUGACCUGAUCCGAAGAGUAGCCACCUUUGGGAUGGUAUUGAUGAAGCUUGACUUGCGUCAGGAGUCCUGUAGACAUGCCGAAGCACUGGAUGCCAUCACUAGAUACUUGGAUAUGGGCAUUUACAGUGAGUGGGAUGAAGAGAAGAGAUUAGAAUUUCUUACAAGAGAACUCAAGGGAAAGAGGCCUCUAGUUCCUCCAACUAUAGAGGUUGCGCCUGAUGUUAAAGAAGUAUUGGACACUUUUCGUGUUGCUGCUGAGCUGGGGAGUGAUUCACUUGGAGCAUAUGUGAUUUCUAUGGCCUCAAAUGCAAGUGAUGUCCUUGCUGUGGAGCUUUUACAGAAAGAUGCUCGACUUGCUGUCAGUGGGGAACUAGGCAGGCCAUGUCCUGGUGGAACGCUGCGAGUGGUUCCCUUGUUUGAAACAGUGAAGGAUUUGAGGGGAGCUGGUGCAGUAAUCAGAAAAUUAUUAUCAAUUGAUUGGUACCGAGAGCAUGUCAUAAAGAACCAUAAUGGGCACCAAGAGGUUAUGGUUGGAUAUUCCGACUCUGGUAAGGAUGCGGGCCGCUUUACUGCUGCUUGGGAACUAUACAAAGCCCAAGAGGAUGUUGUAGCUGCAUGCAAUGAGUAUGGCAUUAAGGUUACUCUAUUCCAUGGACGUGGAGGGAGUAUUGGUCGUGGUGGUGGUCCUACAUAUCUCGCCAUUCAGUCCCAGCCACCUGGUUCUGUGAUGGGUACCCUCCGGUCAACUGAGCAAGGAGAGAUGGUGCAGGCCAAGUUCGGGCUGCCACAGACAGCAAUUAGGCAGCUAGAAAUAUAUACAACAGCUGUGCUGCUUGCAACCCUACGCCCUCCACUACCUCCUAGAGAAGAAAAAUGGCGUAAUCUGAUGGAGGAGAUCUCGAAAAUCAGUUGCAACAAUUACCGCAGCACUGUCUAUGAAAACCCAGAAUUUCUUGCCUACUUCCAUGAAGCUACCCCACAGGCUGAGCUUGGCUUCCUCAAUAUUGGAAGUCGCCCCACUAGAAGAAAGAGCUCAACUGGAAUUGGACAUCUUCGGGCAAUUCCAUGGGUUUUUGCAUGGACCCAAACCAGAUUUGUUCUUCCAGCUUGGCUUGGAGUGGGAGCAGGUUUGAAGGGUGUUUGUGAGGGACAUAAGGAAGACUUGCAAGCAAUGUAUAAAGAGUGGCCUUUCUUUCAGUCUACCAUUGAUCUCAUAGAGAUGGUUUUGGGUAAGGCAGACAUCCCCAUAGCCAAGCAUUACGAUGAAGUGCUCGUCUCAGAGAGUAGGCGAGAGCUUGGUGCAGAACUAAGAAGGGAGCUCUUGACAACUGAGAAAUAUGUAUUGGUGGUUAGUGGACAUGAGAAAUUAUCAGCAAACAAUCGAAGCCUGAGAAGACUGAUUGAGAGCAGGCUCCCGUAUCUCAAUCCAAUUAACAUGUUGCAGGUGGAAAUACUGCGGAGGUUGAGACGCGAUGAUGAUAAUCAUAAACUUAGAGAUGCUUUGCUUAUCAGCAUAAAUGGAAUAGCUGCUGGGAUGAGGAACACUGGUUAAGUGAAAAAAUAUUUGGAGGUUGAUUAAGAGGAACAACUCAUCGAACUACAAGUUGCAUUUUUUUUUCCUUAUAGGUUCUUUAAAGAGGCCACCAUUUGAUGGUCAAUUAUAGGUUAGUGCUGCCUGUAUUUAGUAUCAGGUUUUGUUGAUAAACAUACUACCGAUGACAUAUACUGAGUGGGAUUUCGGUCACUGCCAUGGUGGAAACAUUUGGGUUAUUGUAAUGAUGUUUCUCUGUUCAUGAAUUCUUGGCAUGAUCUUUAAUGGGAUAAGUUUACGUUGUACAA